UAAUUGAGAUUUGAGAAUAUGAAAAUACUUCAUAUUAAGGUUUGUUGCGAAAAAGGUCAAAGAUAUUACUGAAUGGGUGCGGCGUAUUAAAGCCGUUGGAUUAAUUGAAUGGAAAAAUUAAUCUCUCAUUCUGGAUCCGCCUUCAGGCGCGCCGAAGCCAAAUCGACUCACUUUGGUUUUCCCUCCGUUUAAUGUCAACAAAAUUCAAAGAUCACAACUUUACAGUUUCUCCGGACUUAUGGCCUCCAACUCCAACUUCAAACCUUCAUUCAAUCCCACACAAUACUACCACGACGACGACGACGACGAUUUCCAAACCCCACUCACCCAAACCGCCGCAGCUCGCCGCAACCCCUCCAAAAAGCCCAAGCUCUCCGCCGCCAACCCCAUUGCUCCCGGCAAGGAAAACAUUCCGCCAAUCCAAGACUGCAGCUUGGACUCCCUACCCGAAAGCCUCGACUUUUUCCCGGCCGCUGACGUCACUCCUCAUGCGGGGAAUGAGAAGGGGCUGUCGAAACUCAAAGGGGGCUACCUGCGGAAUUCGAUAGAGUCUAGGCUGAUUAAGGCUGGAGGCGAUUGGGGUUUUGGUUAUGGUGAUGAUGAUGAUGGGGAUGAGUUUGAGGAGAUUGAUGAGCUGCUGAGGCUGAAUGGGGCUGAGGAAGAAGGAGGUGACGGGAUUGUGGAGGAUGAGAAUGUCGGUUUGGUUUUGUGUCCUCUAUGUGGGGUUGAUAUUUCUGAGCUGGGUAAUGAAGAUAGAGAGGUUCAUACCAAUGCUUGUCUCGACAAACAAGAAGUCGAGCCUUUGGAUGAACCCAAGGGGAUUGAGAUCGAUGGUGAGGCGAUGGGGGCGAGAGUUCGUGGGCUAGUUAUUGAGUGGAUAAGGGGUCUUGGUUUGGAGAAGUAUGAGGAUAUUUUUGUGAGGGAGGAGAUUGAUUGGGAUGCGCUGCAGUGGCUUACUGAAGAGGAUUUGAUUAAUAUUGGCAUUACGACACUUGGUCCGCGGAAGAAGAUUAUGCAUGCAAUUGCUCAACUUAGAGAAGGGACUAGUAGUGGAGCUCAAGCGCAAACUGCACAACCAAGAAACAGGAGUGUUAAUGGAGUCGAGGUGCUCAAUGAUAGUUUUGAAGGAGGAGCAGUUGGUAAUAGUUGUAAAUCAGCUUCAAACAAGUUGAUUACAGAUUACUUUUCAGGAUUUUGUGGUGCUAGGAAGCAGGUCGGCAGCACCUCUAAAGAACAGCCAAGGGCAGAAAAGCGUCGGUCAGGUUCUAGUGGUAAAGGUCCUGCUGUGAAAAAUCAUGCGACAAAUAGGAAACUCAGGGAUGUUCCCUUGUGGUGCUGCGUACCAGGAACACCAUUUCGAGUGGAUGCUUUUAAAUAUCUUAGACGAGAUUGUUCUCAUUGGUUUCUCACUCACUUUCACAUGGAUCAUUAUCAAGGUCUAACAAAGUCAUUUUGUCAUGGAAAGAUCUACUGCUCCUCCAUUACAGCUAAGCUUGUAAACAUGAAGCUUGGCAUUCCAUGGGACAACAUACAAGUAGUACCCCUUAACCAAAAAAUCAAUAUUGCAGGUGUUGGUGUUACAUGCUUGGAUGCAAACCACUGUCCUGGUUCUAUAAUUAUACUCUUUGAACCUCCCAGCAGUAAGGCUGUUCUACAUACAGGGGACUUUCGCUUUAGUGAGGAUGCAGCAAGCAUGUCUGUUGUCCGAACAUCUUCUAUUCAUACCCUUAUCCUUGAUACCACUUACUGUAACCCACAGUAUGACUUUCCGAAGCAGGAGGCUGUAAUUCAGUUUGUCAUCGAUGCAAUCCAAGCUGAAACUUUCAACCCUAGAACUCUAUUUCUGAUUGGCAGCUACACAAUUGGAAAGGAACGCCUUUACUUGGAGGUUGCUCGUGUGCUCCGGAAAAAGAUAUAUGUCACUGCUGGAAAGCUGCACAUUUUAAAAUGUUUGGACUUCCCUGAGGAGGAUAUGCAGUGGUUUACAUUGAAUGAACAUGAAAGCCAAAUUCAUGCGGUGCCAAUGUGGACGCUAGCAAGCUUCAAGCGACUGAAGCAUGUAUCAAAUCAAUAUGCGAGUCGAUACAGCCUUAUUGUUGCUUUCUCUCCAACUGGCUGGAGUUUUGGUAAAGGAAAGAAGAAGUCUCCUGGAAGACGAUGGCAGCAGGGUACCAUUAUAAGGUAUGAGGUGCCAUACAGUGAGCAUUCGAGCUUUACAGAACUCAGGCAGUUUGUUAAGCUUGUGUCUCCCGUACAGAUAAUACCGAGCGUGAACAACCAUGGCCCUGAUUCAGCAAAAUCCAUGAUUUCCCUUCUGUCUUCUUAAUUCUUUGUCCAUAAUAAUUCCCGCUGUAUCAUCACAAACAUAUGUAUAAAAUCUGUAAUACUACUUGUAUUGCUGUUCUGUAGUGAACGUUACAUUCCAACAAAUAUAAGAGUGCCAGUGGGGGACUUGAUUUCUUUGUUUGAUGAUAAUGAAAGGAAAGACCCAGCAACUUGC